AUGAGUCUGGUCCACACUAUUGGAUCUGAGGCCAGUCGCAAGACUGCCUCGGUACCUCCGCCAAGACAAUCAUCGCCCCGACCGGUCUCACAUGAGACUCAUACCGAAAAAAGUGGUGAAAAGAGGAAUAUUGUGGCCGGCACGAUCACCAUAAUCGGUAAUCAAUUUCAGGAGGGGAAAGCUAACAACGGCUGGCAGAGCUUUGAGGUUGGAGGGGCAGCUUAUUAUUGGCCGGAUUACAGUUGGCCGAUGGGAUUUUAG